AACCCUGAAUCUAAAAAAAUAUCUCUCUGGCUUAUCAUAAAAGUCUCCUCUCUCUGUAUUGGUAAGGCACUUGUCAAGAAAAAAAAAAUGAUUCCAAGACGCCGAGUGAUUGAUCUUCUGCAGAAUAUUUCUAAAGCAUCAUGUCGGUGCCCAAGUCAUUCAACAGACACCGGAGGAGGAGUCAAAGACAAUGCCUUCGAGAUGUCAAGCUCUACAAUUAGAUAUGGGCCAGGAGUGUCCAGAGAAUUGGGAGCUGAUUUGGCAAAUUUGAAGGUGAAGAAUGUUUGUCUACUAGUUGACAAGAAUCUUGUGGAUAAGCCUUCGGUGAGGACUGCUUUUGACUCCUUAGCGAAGCAAAAGAUUCCCUAUGAGACGUUCCAAGAUGUUCGUGUGGAACCAACUGAUUCAAGUCUCCAGGAAGCAAUUAAUUUCGCCAGGAGGAAGAAUUUUGAUGCCUACGUUGCCAUUGGAGGUGGUUCUGUGAUGGACACCGCAAAGGCAGCCAAUCUCUAUGCGGCACAUCCUGAAGCAGAAUUCCUAGACUUUGUCAAUGUUCCCAUUGGAAAGGCUAAAGAGGUAAUCAACCCUGUUAAACCAUUGAUAGCCGUGCCAACAACAGCAGGAACUGGCUCAGAAGCCACAGGAAUUAUUGUCUUUGACUACAAACCCUUGCACGUGAAAACGGGAAUUUCUAAUAAAGCCCUAAAACCUCUUCUGGGACUCAUCGACCCCCUACAUACCCUCUCACUCCCUGAAAGAGUUAUGGCCUAUGCGGGAUUUGAUGUUUUCUGCCAUGCUCUGGAAAGCUUCACGGCGAUCCCCUACACGGAACGUGGGCCUAUGCCUGCUAAUCCUAAACUAAGGCCACCCUAUCAAGGCAGCAAUCCACUCUCAGACGUCUGGGCGAGGUUUGCUCUAUCGACAAUCAAGAAGUACUUUAGAUCCGCUGUCUUUAACCCAGAUGACCUCGAAGCAAGGUCCAAUAUGCAUUUAGCAGCUUCAAUUGCGGGAGUUGGGAUUGGGAAUGCCGGAGUUCAUCUCUGUCAUGGACUUUCCUACCCAAUAUCCGGACUUGUGAAGUCUUUCAUCCCUUCUGGCUACGACAAAACCCACCCUAUUAUCCCUCAUGGACUCUCAGUGGUCAUGACGGGUCCAGCAGUGUUCAAUUUCACCGCCCCCGCGUGUCCGGAAAAACACCUAGAAGCAGCAGCCCUCCUCGGAGUCGACGUCACCAAUGUACGCCGGGAAGACGCUGGUCGUGUUCUGGAAGAAAUUGUACGGCAAUUUAUGUACGAUCUCAAGAUUGAAAAUGGCCUCAGUGCCCUCGGGUUUACCAGUGAUGACAUACCAGCCCUUGUGAAGGGAACCCUGCCCCAGGAGAGAUUGAUAAAAUUAUCCCCAAGAGAGCAAUCAGAGGAGGAUCUCUCGCAUUUAUUCGAGAACUCCAUGAAAGUCUACUGAGCGCCACAAUGUGGGCAAAAAAAGCCACCACGCCGUGAGAUUCAAAAAUUGUAUUCCAGUAGCAAAAUACAGAGGAUUUGGGAAUUAUUUGCACGAUUCUUAAAAGAGGUCGUCAUAUCAGAAUGAUUUAGGGUCUAUUUGAAUGGCUCACUUUCCUAUGAGAAGUUCUUGAGCUUGAAAAGAUUUUAUUAAAGAAUAAAUUUUGUGAAGGAAAAGUUUGUUUGGGAAAUUGGCGGGAAAAGUUACAAAAGAAAUAAAAGAGAUAAAAGGAAAUACUACUCUGCGUUGAUACCACUGCUU